AUGGACUCAUCCGUGCCAGAAGAGCCGUUAAGAGACAGUUACAACCACAGUGGCUCUGGCGACAUAUUCAGCGCUCCUGGCGGUAAGGCGACCAAGAAUGUGUAUCAUGGUGCCACGAAUGUGUAUCAUGGCACGGACGAGCGCUUAGAUCUGCCACAAGAUUGCUGGAAAUCGUUGGCUUUUCCGGAGAUGGACAGUCGGUUCCACGAUAUCGAGGACGCGGCAGUGGGGACAUGCAAAUGGUUAUCUGAACACAAAGCGUACAAGGACUGGGCGGCUUCCAAUCAGGCCCUGCUCUGGAUCAAGGGCAAACCUGGCUCCGGGAAAUCGACGUUGCUGCGGUACACUCGGAACCAUGCCAUGGAAGCACCCAACAUCGGAGAGGAAGCCUCAAUCCUUUCGUUCUUCUUCCACGGGCGUGGUUCGGAACUCCAAAAGACGCAGCUGGGACUCUUCCGGUCUCUUCUUUACCAGCUCCGCGAGAUACCUGAAGCACUGUCGCAUGUCGUGGAUGCUUUCCGACAGCGGUGCGAAACUGUCGGCAAGCCGGGCGAAAAGUGGUCGUGGCACCCUGUGGAGUUGCGCAACUUCUUUAAAUCUUCAAUUCUGAAGGCACUAAAGACCCGACCCCUUUGGUUAUUCAUCGACGCGUUAGACGAAUGUGGUGAAGAAAACGCGAGGAGCUUAGUUAGAGAGUUCACAUCCUUGCAGAACAGGUUCCUGUCCACCGAGUUGAAAGACUUCCACAUCUGUUUCACAUGUCGUCACUACCCGAUUCUGGAUCUGGAUGACUCGCUGGAAAUAUGUGUAGAGAACGAAAAUAGUCUAGAUAUAUCGACUUUCGUGCGGGGCCAGCUCUCUACUUUCCAUGAGCAGGUGCCAUCUACGAUUCCAGGCUUAAUUACUAAACGCGCUAACGGCGUUUUCUUAUGGGCUUGGCUGGUGGUGAAGCGAGUUCUGGACCUUCACCUGGAGGGUGCUGGGUUGAAGCGGAUGGAGACUGUUAUCUUUUCCGUCCCGCAAGAGCUUGACACCGUAUACGACAAACUACUUCGGAAGAUGAGGCCGGAUUCUGUGACACUUAUUCAAUGGAUCUGCUUUGCAACGCGGCCAUUGUCACUAGACGAAUUGCGAUGGGCAUUACUCAUCGAUCCCGAUUGCCCGCAUAGGUCUUUGGACGACUGCCAGAAAACGGGCGAGUAUCCAUCUAACGAGGACAGGAUGAGGAGACGGGUUCAGACACUCAGCUGCGGUCUUGCUGAAGUCACGUCUGAGACGAAGGUCGUGCAGUUCAUCCACCAGUCCGUCAAGGACUUUUUGGUCGAGACGGGCCUAUCUGCUCUAGCUGGGACGCCGAAUUCGGCCGAAGCCUUGGCGUCCUCUCAGGCGGAUUUGGAAGGGAAAGCACACUAUGUGCUGUCUAGGACGUGCAUAAGGUACCUGGCAAUGAAUGAGGUCGCUCAGAGCACAAUGCGCGACGGAAAUAGCUUGAAGUCUGCCUUUCCUCUGUUACAUUAUGCUACGACAUCGUGGGUGACACACGCAAAGCAAAGCGAGCUAAGGGGGGUCUCUCAGGAUGACCUCCUACGCUAUUUCGACUGGCCGUCGGAAGCGCUGGUGCAGGUAUGGGUGGGGGUUUACCGUAUACUAUCGCGAUACUCAGACGACUGCCCAGAAGACGGGACAAAAAUGAUACACAUCGUGUCGCGACAUGGGCUACUAGGGCCAUUACGGGUUAUAACACGGACGGUAAGGCAGGACAGCGCUUUCAUCGAUGCGAAGGAUGGCUGCGGUCGGACCGCGUUGUCGUACGCAGCCGAGAAUGGACACGAAGCCGCUGUGAAGCAGCUCCUGGCGCCUGGGGAAACUAGAAGUGUUAAGGCCAUAAUGAAGCUGCUUCUCGCCAAAGGCGGCAAAGCCAAGUCGAAAGAUAACGACGGUCGGACGCCGCUGUCGUGGGCCGCCGCGAACGGGCACGAGGCCAUCGUCAAGUUGCUCCUCGACAAGGGCGCCAAAGCCAAGUCGGAAGAUUACAGUGGUCGGACGCCGUUGUCGUGGGCCGCCGCGAACGGGCACGAGGCCAUCGUCAAGCUGCUCGUCGACAAGGGCGCCGAAAUUGAGUCGAAAGAUGACUACGGUAAGACGCCGCUGUCGCGGGCCGCCGCGAACGGGCACGAGGCCAUGGUCAAGCUGCUCGUCGACAAGGGCGCCGACGUCGAGUCGAAAGAUGGCUACGGUCAAACGCCGCUGUCGCGGGCCGCCGCGAACGGGCACGAGGCCAUGGUCAAGCUGCUCGUCGACAAGGGCGCCGACGUCGAGUCGAAAGAUAGCUACGGUCAUACGCCGCUGUGGCGGGCAAUCGAGAAGGGGCACGAGGCCAUGGUCAAGCUGCUCGUCGACAAGGGCGCCGACGUCGAGUCGAAAGAUGUCCUCGGUCGGACGCCGCUGUCUCGUGCAAUCGAGAACGGGCACGAGGCCAUGGUCAAGCUGCUCGUCGACAAGGGCGCUGACGUCGAGUCGAAAGAUAGCUACGGUCGGACGCCGCUGUGGCAGGCUACCGAGAAGGGGCACGAGGCCAUGGUCAAGCUGCUCCUCGACAAGGGCGCCGACGUCGAGUCGAAAGAUAGCUACGGUCGGACGCCGCUGUCUCGUGCAAUCGAGAAGGGGCACGAGGUCAUGGUCAAGCUGCUCCUCGACAAGGGCGCUGACGUCGAGUCGAAAGAUAGCUACGGUCGGACGACGCUGUGGUGGGCUACCGAGAAGGGGCACGAGGCCAUGGUCAAGCUGCUCGUCGACAAGGGCGCCGACGUCGAGUCGAAAGAUGUCCUCGGUCGGACGCCGCUGUCUCGUGCCGCCGCGAACGGGCACGAGGUCAUGGUCAAGCUGCUCGUCGACAAGGGCGCCGACGUCGAGUCGAAAGAUCGCUACGGUCAAACGCCGCUGUCGCGGGCCGCCGCGAACGGGCACGAGGCCAUCGUCAAGCGGCUGCAGCCUAACCUACCAUCGUAA